AUGGCAAUAAACUUUGCGUACCACGCCAGCGGGUUCCGCCACAAUGAUGUGAUCAGAUUCAUUAAUGAUGAAGUCCACAUGAAUGGGGGCGGCCCAGCCUUUUACGUGGCCUUCCGCUCGCGGCCGUGGAACGAGAUAGAGGACCAGCUUCGGGCCAUUGUGGCCGACCCGAACAUGCCGCGGUCCGUUAAGAGGGCCUGCACUUGGAGCGCGUUGGCUUUGAGUGUGCGAGCGGCCGUGAGGCAGCGGGAGCAGCUGCUAUACCAGGUUCGGCGGCUGCAAGGGCAUGUGGAGGAGCGCCAGGCGGCCUCCUGGGCUCUGACCUCCCAGCUGGAGCAGCUGCGCCUGGAGCGUGAGGCGGCGACAACGCAGCUGCGCUUCACGCAGUCCGCUUUGCAGCAGGCGCUGAAUGAGCGUGAUGGGCUGUACGGGAGGCUGCGCGAAGUUGAGAGAUCCAUGCAGGUCUAUCCGAUGCCUCAGAAUUUUGUACCUGGUCCAGGAGCUGGCCAGUAUGCACCUGUGGCCUGUUGUUUAAAUGCAGAACAGAGAGAGGCAGUGGCCACAGAGGCCCAGGGAAUGCCACAUUCAGAAGCCCAGAGAGCAGCCCCAACAGCUGUGUUUUACAUGCCCGAAGCCCAGAGUGGCUGGAUCCAGGGCAUGCAACCCCUUCUGCCAAUGCAGCCCCCACAUCCAGUCCCAUUCUAUGUGCCUUCACCAAUGGGACUGUCAGACUCAACACUUCUACCACCCCCGGUAGUAAUGGAAUCAGCAGCAGCAGUUGCACCACAGAUGCCUCCUUCAGGGACUUAUCCACCUGGUCUCUGGGCCACAGUGGGGUCCCAGGAAGAGAUGACCCCUCUGUGGGACCAGAGGUGCUAUGGCCAGGAUGGAUAUCCUGAGAAUUUCCAGUGGGUAUAUCACCCAGGGGAUAACAGAAGCCACUACCAAAAGGAAAGUUCUGAGUGUCCCCAGGGAAUGACCUCCCAGGGGGACAGAAGCAGCCACAGCCUGCAGAAAGAUCCAGUGAUGCACCAGGGUGCAGCUCCUCAAGAGUUUAGCAAGAGCCACAGCCUGAAGAAAGAACCAGAGAGGUCCAAGGAGAUGGUCCCCCUGGGGGACAGCAGCAGCCAAAGCCUGAAGAAAGAUCCAGUGAUGCCCACGGAGAUGGUCCCCCUAGGGGACAGCAACAGCCACAGCCUGAACAAAGAUCCAGUGAUUCCCCAGGGGGAGAUGGUCCCCCUAGGGGACAGCAACAGCCACAGCCUGAACAAAGAUCCAGUGAUUCCCCAGGGGGAGAUGGUCCCCCUAGGGGACAGCAACAGCCACAGCCUGAAGAAAGAUACAGUGAUUCCCCAGGGGGAGAUGGUCCCCCUAGGGGACAGCAACAGCCACAGCCUGAAGAAAGAUACAGUGAUUCCCCAGGGGGAGAUGGUCCCCCUAGGGGACAGCAACAGCCACAGCCUGAAAAAAGAUCAAGUGAUUCCCCAGGGGGAGAUGGUCCCCCUAGGGGACAGCAACAGCCACAGCCUGAAGAAAGAUCCAGUGAUUCCCCAGGGCACAGCCCCCCUGAGGUUUAGCAACAACCAGAUAGAAGAUCAAGAGAGGCUCCAGGAAACCCUUCCAGAGGAUAGCAAGAGCCAUGAUUUGAAAAAUAGCCCAUGGAAACACCACCAGCCUCAGGGCCAGAAGGUGAAGCAACCAAAAAGGGAAAAGGCCUCAGAAUCCCAGCAACGAAAGCCUGCCUCAUGUGCCCGCCGAGUGAGGUGGGACUGCCCAUGGUGUAAUGCCUCGAAUUUUCCACGGCGCAAGGCCUGCUAUAAAUGCAAGAGAGCCCGUAUGCCAGUUGAGAAUGGCAGCAUUGACCCAGAAUAA